CUUUAAAUGAACACACGUGCAUCUGAAUAUUAGUAGUGUCAAGCAAUGUACAGUAAAUUACAAUUUGUAUUUCAGAAUUAUGUUUAUAUAGUGACCGUGUGUGCUUACCACUAGGAUAUUUAUAGUACAUUGAUUUGUAACACCCUUUUUCUACUAAUAAUAAAUUUAAGUAUAUCAGGUUAUCUUGGUGUAAAUAAAACUUAGAAAAAUAUUCAUAUACAUAAAAUAUGGCCGGAACGGAACAAUUUGAUGGAUUCUUAGGUGGAUCGCAACAUUUACCACAUGAAGUCCACAUUAUGAAACUUAUUUCAGCAAGAGCUAGUGAAAUUGCUGCAAUGACGUAUUCUAUAGAAAAUCCUCAACAAACAAAGCUUGUAUUUCAAAAAUUGCCGGUAUAUAUGCGCAGGCGCGUUAUGUCCCAUAAUGUCAAGCGUUUACCGCGCAGACUACAAGAAGCACAUUUAAAUCAAAUGACCAAAUCUGGAUUGCCGCCAAAAAUUAAAAGAUCAUCGCGUAGAUAUCGCAGACGCCCUCAUAAUUUACUUGCUGAAUAUAUACGAAGGCAACGAAAUAAAAUUUGGCUAGAAACUCAUAUCUGGCAUGCAAAACGUUUCCAUAUGAUAGAGAAAUGGGGUUACAGAAUCGCAAAUUACGCGAAUGAUAAAUGUUUCAAAGCGAAUUAUCGUGCAAUGGCUAAACACUGCUUGAUGCAAGAUAUUUCAUAUUAUACAUGUGUCGAAAUUAAUGGUUAUCAGGAAAUUUUGAAAGAAACUUUGAAGAGCCAUUGCAAUCCAUUUGAAUUAACGUUUGCUGCGAAAAUUUUUAUGGAAGGCACACGAGAAGGAACUGUUAUGUUUUUUAAAAAGAAUGGUUAUCCUCAAUUUCCAAUUGGUCAUGUACAUUUUUUAUGGAGACCGAAUCAAUCUGAUCUAAGAACUAUAUGGAUAUGGGUACAUCCAUCUUUUUUCGACGAUUUCAUCGUGGAAAUUAAAUCUAGUUUUGAAUUUAAACGCAACGAACAUUGUGCUACUACGAGUAAUCAAACUCUAGAAUCUUGCCUAUAUAUUAAUGGAAAAGAUUGUAAAAUGACUGUUCAUAAAAAUACUUUUAAUCGAUUUCGUUUUUAUGGACCGUUGACAAUUAAUGUUUUAACAAACGCUCUUCAAUUGCCGAAAUUCAAUAAAACAACUAAUUUGGAUUUGAAUACAACACAAUUUGAUAAUAAUCAAAUAGAUUGCAAGAAGGAUCAUAAUUCUGAUAAAUCGUGGCAUACUGAAUAUUAUGAUAAUCAGGAAAAUAUUGAGUCUUUGAAAAUUCAGAAACAAUUAUGGCAAGCGUUAAAAACGUUACAAUCACCUAGUCAGUUACCACCAAAUAUUAUUCUUGGCUUUACAGUUUUGGAUCCAAGAUUCUAUUUACCAGAUAAAAGAACUAAACCUCAGAAAGAGACACAAAUGACUGAGAUAAUAUCAAUACCUCCUACAAAUGCGAAUUCUAGUCCACUUUGGGAACAAAAAAUAAGAGAAAAAGUUAGUAAAACAUGUGUAACGACAACUGCAAUUAAUAAAAUAAGAAGUCAAUGUUUAGUACCUGGUUUAAAUAAUGACAAAUAUUUUAAUGAAGAAAUCAUGGCAAAGAUACCGAUAUUGCUGAUUCAGAGACCUGGAAUUGGAAAUACAGGUUUAGGUUCUGGAAUAGAUAUUAUACUUCCAUCGAAUUGGGCAAUGUCAUUCUGGCUUGCAUUUAUAUUUCAUUCUGUAAGAGUUGGUGCACUCAGAGAAUCAAAAUCUAUAGCAUUUGAAUGUGAGAAUAUGCAGUCCCCAGAUAUCAAUGAUCCAGAUACUCCUGCAUACGCAAGAGAAGCAUUAAAUACCAAAUUGGAGUUAAGAGAAAAAUAUUUUCAUUACCCACCAAACAGACGCGUGAAUUUCAUUAAAUUUGGAAUUACUAGUCCUUUCUCUUGCGAAUGGAAUAUUUUAAUGAAAGAAUGGACAAAUACAGAAUAUUUUUCUGUAUUAAGAAAUCGUAAAUUAAUAAAUUUAUUACAAAAAAACUUAGUUCAAGAAAAUAACUCAAAAAGGUGUAAUAAGUCAAAUAAUCAUAUAUCAAGUCUUUCUGUGCAUAAUGCAUUUGAAGAUAAAAAUUAUUUAAUUCAUGUUAAAGUAGAUAUCAUAAGAAAAGGAUAUCCUAAAAGAUUUGCAAUAAUAUGUAUGCCAAUUAAUGAGGACAUAGAAAACUUCAGAAUCAAUAAAAGCUGGUCAGGUCCUGUGGAAAAACUGAAUAUUGAUCCAAAUGAAAAUAUUCGUAAAAUAUCGCGAAAAAAUCAUUUAGCUCUUUUAAAACGGCUGAAAAGACAAAGAAUACAUCAUAGAAAGACAUUAAUUAAUAAAUUAAGUAAAAUGUUAUCUAAGGAUUUUCAAAAUUUUAACUAUGAAAAUAAAUUAAAGAAUUUAUUAGAAAUAAGUCGUGAGGCCAUUAGUAAACAAUCUCAAAAAAUGUCACAGUUAUAUCUUCCAGAGUGUGUGAAAGUACGAAAUUCUUGUAAUAGAGAAAUCAUGGGUUAUAUUACAAUGGGUGAUUUUUGUUUUACAAAAGCAAAAGGCAUAGGUUUUGGAUAUGUGACAUUAAAUUCAUUAAUUGAACUGAUUGAUAAAAAAUGUCCCUUUGUUCUUAUUAGAAAUAUCCAGACAAGACAAUAUAGAAUUGCUAGAUUAGAAGUAGUGACUUAAUGUAACUAAUGUAAUUUUUAUAAUAAAUUAUUAUUUAAUAUUUCAA